UUGCCAAUACAAAGUUCUUGCAGAUGCGAAGGUGGUUAUCCUCUCCAAGCUUGGAAAUACUGGGUCAGAACCGGAAUCGUAACCGGCAGCAACUACACCAUGAAGAUUUUUUUGUUGAAGGCUGGUUGCAAGCCAUAUCCAUUCGCCCCAUGUGAACAUCAUGACAACGCCACUCGCUUCCAGCCUUGCCCUGCUGACAUUUACCCCACGAACAAGUGCGAGCACACAUGCCAAGCUGGUUAUCAAGUUAGCUACACCAACGAUAAACAUUUCGGAUCUACCGCCUAUGCCGUUUCGAAGAAGGUCGCGGACAUUCAGAAAGAAAUCAUGACCAAUGGACCAGUUGAGGUCUCGUUCACCGUAUACGAAGACUUUGAGCACUAUACUGGUGGCAUUUAUGUGCACACCGCCGGCAAAGAACUUGGAGGACAUGCAGUCAAGAUGAUCGGGUGGGGAACUGAGAACGGUACACCAUAUUGGAUCAUUGCCAACUCAUGGAACUCAGACUGGGGAGAGAAUGGUUUCUUCCGCAUCGUCCGCGGUUUGAACGAGUGCGGUAUCGAGUCUGGAGUCGUAGCUGGAGAACCCAAACUCUAA